AUUAAAUGACAUAUUUUUUGCAUGAAUUAAGUGAUCGUUUGAUUUGAUUGACAAUUGGCUUAAGAAGUGUUGGGAAGCGAUGGGCGAUCAGACGAAGACAUUUUUAUACGCCUUUUUGGGCAAAUAUAAGGUGACUCCCGAUUACCAGUACCACCAAACUGGCAGUAAUAACCGGAUCAGAUUCAGAUGCGAGAUAAGAGCCGAGGGUUACAAUUAUGUAGCGAUGGGUAACUCAACCAAUAAGAAAGACGCGGCCGUAAACGCGGCCAAAGAUUUCCUCAUGUAUUUGGUUCGCGACAAUAAAUUGGCCGAAAGUGAACUGCCAUUCAAUACGGCCGCCAAUCCUAUCAUUACUGGCCCUCCAGUGGCUGUUCCGCCACCGCCUGGCAAUGGUUCUCAGAUGACACCAAUGCCGCCGAUCGACGCCUUUAUCAGUUCGUAUAGAGGAGGACCAGGAGGUGGUGGUGGCGGUGAUGGGGGUCCUCCACGACCCCCACCGGUGGGCAAAGGCUUUAUGUCAUACUCUGAGGGACCGAAACAGGAAUACAUCGAUCGAAUCGCUCAGAAGCGUAAGUUCGAAGAGGGGGAGGAAUUGGACCUGAAUUCAGGCAUUCACGGCAACUGGACUUUGGAUAACGCGAAGCAACAGUUGAACCAAUAUAUGGCGCAAAACAAGAUUAAAGCCGAUUACGUGUAUUCAGCCGUCGGACCCGAUCACGCAAAGUAUGAUGUGUCGGCUCGAGAGCCCGGUUCUAAUAAGAUGUUGGCCUCGAAGUCAUGCGCCCUCUCUAUUAUACGUCAGAUGUUUCACUUCGGUAUUUUAGGAGAGUUUAAAGUCGGGCCAAAGAAAAAUAAAUCUCAAUCGAUCGACUCGUAUGCCGUGGAUGUGCCCAACCAUAUACUGGAUUUGGUUAAUAAGACUCUUCAGGAUCUAAACAUAAAACCGGUUCCCAUUUGCGAACACCGUUUGGCUGACGGCACUCCUGACUCGUAUUCAAUUCUCAUUGAAAACCAAAUUCCAACUGAAAUCAAGACAAGUGCUAUAUCGAGCAUACAGUGUGUCAGUUGGUGUCCACCCAUUGAGAACUGGAACCCAUGGAAGGGCUGUAAUAUAGAUGAAGGCAUUCUCUCCACUUCUAAUUUGACACAAAUCAGUGAAAUGCUAUCCAGAGAACAGUUGACUGCACUUCAGAAUCCACACUAUCUGGAAAUGAUUGAACGCAGACAACGGCUUCCCGUUUGGGGCGUCAAAGAGCAGAUUCUGGGUAUGAUUCGUGACAAUCCUGUUGUGAUCAUAAGAGGCAGCACCGGAUGCGGCAAAACUACACAAGUGCCGCAAUUUCUACUCGAUUCCUAUAUCGCCAACAAUAGGGGCGCCGAAUGUAAUGUAAUCGUAACACAACCGCGAAGAAUAAGCGCCAUAUCUAUCGCCGAAAGAGUGGCUCAGGAGAGGGCGGAGGCGUUGUCUAUGAACUCGAGCACUCUUCAGGAUCUAAACAUAAAACCGGUUCCCAUUUGCGAACACCGUUUGGCUGACGGCACUCCUGACUCGUAUUCAAUUCUCAUUGAAAACCAAAUUCCAACUGAAAUCAAGACCAGUGCUAUAUCGAGUAUACAGUGUGUCAGUUGGUGUCCACCCAUUGAGAACUGGAACCCAUGGAAAGGCUGUAAUAUAGAUGAAGGCAUUCUCUCCACUUCUAAUUUGACACAAAUCAGUGAAAUGCUGUCCAGAGAACAGUUGACUGCACUUCAGAAUCCACACUAUCUGGAAAUGAUUGAACGCAGACAACGCCUUCCCGUUUGGGGCGUCAAAGAUCAGAUUCUGGGUAUGAUUCGUGACAAUCCUGUGGUGAUCAUAAGAGGCAGCACCGGAUGCGGCAAAACUACACAAGUGCCGCAAUUUCUACUCGAUUCGUAUAUCGCCAACAAUAGGGGCGCCGAAUGUAAUGUAAUCGUAACACAACCGCGAAGAAUAAGCGCCAUAUCUAUCGCCGAAAGAGUGGCUCAGGAGAGGGCGGAGGCGUUGUCUAUGAACUCGAGCGUCGGUUAUAGCGUUCGGUUCGAGAACUCAUUGCCGCGACCGUACGGUUCGGUCCUGUUUUGUACGAUUGGAAACCUUUUACGCAAACUCGAAGGCGGACUCCGAGGCGUGUCUCACGUGAUCCUCGACGAGGUUCACGAGCGAGACGUUAACACAGACUUCUUGCUGGUUGUGGCCCGAGAUAUGGUCAACGCUUUCCCCCAUUUGAGGCUAAUCUUAAUGUCGGCCACAAUCGAUACGUCAAUAUUUCAGCGAUAUUUUGGCAAUUGUCCCAUUUUGGAGAUCCCGGGCCAGUCAUACCCCGUACAAGAGUAUUACCUCGAAGACUGUGUGGAAAUGGUGCGCUUCAUUCCGCCGCCGCCUCAACGCAAAGGUCGCAACUUUCAAGACGAGGACUCGGAGGGCGGUUCCGCAGAAGGCGGCGGCGAUAAUCUCAACAAACAGGUGGCGCCGCGUUAUUCGGAACAAACGCGACAAUCGAUGGCCAAAAUGAGCGAAAGAGAGAUUAGCUUUGAUUUGAUUGACGCACUCAUUGGACACAUUCAGACACUGAACACUCCGGGCUCUAUCCUUGUCUUCCUCCCCGGUUGGAACUACAUCUUCGCACUCAUGAGACACUUGCAAUCGCAUCCGUAUUACGGUUCCGAACGCUUCCGAAUACUUCCAUUGCAUUCGCAAAUACCGCGCGAAGAGCAGCGCCGGGUCUUCGAUCCCGUGCCCGAAGGCGUGACCAAAAUUAUUUUGUCCACAAAUAUUGCCGAAACGAGUAUUACGAUCGAUGACAUCGUAUUUGUGAUCGAUUCGUGCAAAAUAAAGAUCAAACUCUUCACUUCGCACAACAAUAUGACAAACUAUGCCACCGAUUGGGCCUCAAAGACGAACCUUCAGCAGCGCAGAGGACGUGCGGGUCGAGUGCGGCCCGGUUUCUGUUACUACCUCUGCAGUAAAGCUCGUUAUGAAGCGAUGGACGAGUACCUGAAGCCAGAGAUCUUCCGGACGCCAUUACAUGAGAUCGCGCUCACAAUCAAACUGUUAAGACUCGGAGCGAUCAUUCCGUUCCUGUCGAAGGCCAUAGAGCCGCCGCCCAUCCAUACCAUCAUCGAAUCGGAGGUGAUUUUACGUGAGUUGAAGGCGUUGGACGAUCAAAGCGAACUGACACCUCUCGGUCGCAUUCUGGCCCGACUUCCCAUUGAGCCGCGAAUCGGCAAAAUUAUGAUCGCUUCCAUUAUAUUCGGUUGUGCGGACUCGAUGUGCACCAUAACCGCCAACUCGAGCACAUGUCCCGACCCUUUCGAUUCGUUCAAUUUGGGUCGUUUGCGUUACUCUCACCGGCGUUUCAGUAAUGGCCGCUUCAGUGAUCACAUACUUCUGCUCCGAUCGUUUCGCCAGUGGGAGAGGGCUUUCCAUUACAGCGAGGCCUCAGCCAUGGAGUUCUGCGAGAAGUUCUCACUCCUGCCCACAGCCAUGAAGAUCACGUCCGAAGCGAAGCGACAAUUAAUCGAUUUAUUGCGAAGCUCUAUGUUCUCCGACGAAGUGCUCGGCGAUCGUUACUACGAGACCCACAACUGGUCCGUACAGUCGGAGGGAGAGAAUCGGAGCGACACUGGACUCGAUAUAAUGACAGCGCUAUUAACGAUGGGUUUAUAUCCAAACGUAUGCAUACAUAAAGAGAAGCGAAAGGUGUUGACGACUGAGGCCCGGAUCGCUUUGGUGCACAAGUCUUCCGUCUGUUACACAAACCUGCCGUUCCCUCAGCAGACGUUUCACAUGCCGUUCUUCGUCUACGGAGAGAAGUUGCGGACGAGUGUCAUAUCAGCCAAACAGCUAACAAUGGUUUCGCCCAUUCAUUUGCUUCUGUUUGGCGCCAAACGAGUGGAAGUAACGCCCGAUCUAUUCGUCGAAUUAGACAAAUGGAUUGACUUCAAAAUGAAUCCACAUUUGGCGGCCGCUAUCGUAGCCCUCAGACCCGCCAUCGAAGAGCUCAUAAUGAGUGUGUCGGCCAAUCCGGAGAUUGUGACCACUCUAUCGCCGGCCGAGAAACAGCUCAUAGAGACUGUGACUACAAUCUGCAGUUUCGAUGUCGUCAAGAUUCACAAACUCGAGCCAAGAAUUAGCUUUGAUUUGAUUGACGCACUCAUUGGACACAUUCAGACACUGAACACUCCGGGCUCUAUCCUUGUCUUCCUCCCCGGUUGGAACUACAUCUUCGCACUCAUGAGACACUUGCAAUCGCAUCCUUAUUACGGUUCCGAACGCUUCCGAAUACUUCCAUUGCAUUCGCAAAUACCGCGCGAAGAGCAGCGCCGGGUCUUCGAUCCCGUGCCCGAAGGCGUUACCAAAAUUAUUUUGUCCACAAAUAUCGCUGAAACGAGUAUUACGAUCGAUGACAUCGUAUUUGUGAUCGAUUCGUGCAAAAUAAAGAUCAAACUCUUCACUUCGCACAACAAUAUGACAAACUAUGCCACGGAUUGGGCCUCAAAGACAAACCUUCAGCAGCGCAGAGGACGUGCCGGUCGAGUGCGGCCCGGUUUUUGUUACUACCUCUGCAGUAAAGCUCGUUAUGAGGCGAUGGACGAGUACCUGAAGCCAGAGAUUUUCCGGACGCCAUUGCAUGAGAUCGCGCUCACAAUCAAACUGUUAAGACUCGGAGCGAUCAUUCCGUUCCUGUCGAAGGCCAUUGAGCCGCCGCCCAUCCAUACCAUCAUCGAAUCGGAGGUGAUUUUACGCGAGUUGAAGGCGUUGGACGAUCAAAGCGAACUGACACCUCUCGGUCGCAUUCUGGCCCGACUUCCCAUUGAGCCGCGAAUCGGCAAAAUUAUGAUCGCUUCCAUUAUAUUC